CGCCGCGCCCCACGGGACUUCCGCCGGGAGCUCCGGGAGUUGGCCUUUCCCCCUCUCGCAGCGCCUCGGGCCGCGCGGGGCUCGGUGCAUCGGGGAAAGACGGCCGGGCCCGCCGUUGCCGCUGCUGCCGAGGCCGGGCCAGGGUUCCGGGCGGACCCCGCGGGCUCAGGAGGGUGGAGGCAGCCCACCCCCAUCACCUCUGUCACCGGAUGCUCUGGGCCGUGUCACCUCUGUCACCCCAGACGUCCCCGUGUGGAGGACGCUCCGCGGACGACGAGUACAGGGCCCACGGGCCUCGGGAGCAGCAGGGCGUUGAGGCGUCUGGAGUGGCGCAGCCCACGGCCGACCUGAAGCUAGCCUUCACAGACGGGCGGCCUGCUAUCCUGAGGGAGGGUGACCACGUCAGCACUCUGGGGAGGCCUGCCAGGACCGUGAGGAUCCCACAGUUGCUCCAUCAGUGGAAGAGUCCAGAAAAGGGAGCCAUUUCUAAGGUCCUCCCUCCUCGAGCUGCCUGUCACCUCCCUGGCCCCACCUUGAGGAUGGACCUGCCAGACACAGCUGGAGACCCCACCGGCGACCCUGUUGGGACCAAGGGCUGUUCUGCGGGCCUGGACCCGCCUCUGUUCCUGCAGGCCCUGCAUGCACUGUGGCCCGCGCGGGAGCUGCAGCAGCUCCGGGAGGAGGCCCGGCGGGGCUUCGCGGCCCUGGCCGACCCGCGGAUGGUGCUCCUGGACAUACUGGAGAGCAGCAGGGGCUGGCGUCGGAAGGGCCCCUCCCUGGAGGCCUGGCUCACCUGGGAGCUGGCGCACUGGCUGCCCGCACAGCCGCUCCCAGGGCUGGCCCAGGGCAGCUUGGGGCUGAAGCAGCUGCAGGUCCGUGCAGUCAGAGUCCUCGCUGAGAGCCCCUCUAGUCUCGUGGAGCCGCUGGUCAGCAUCUUCCAGCUGCAGGACGCAGACCGGGGUCCCCUGCUGACUCACGUCCACUGGCUCCACCAGGAAGGCAAGUUCAAAGAAGCUGCUCUGCUGGGCCUGAAGCUGAUGCUGCAGCCACUACUUGGUGUUGAAAAGAUGAGCACCCCGCUGCUCCUGCAGGACAGGAUGGCCCUCGCAGAGCGCUACGUAGCCGGCUUCCCAGACCUCCAGAGGAGGCUGCUGGCCCUCCUGGACUCCUGGUGCCAGCCCGGCUUUGACAUCAGAGUUGUGGCCAGGCAGCUCCCGCAGGUGACCCCCCUGCUGCUGGAGAGGCUGAGCCCCAGAGUGCUGAGUCGGCAGGUCCUGAGCCUGCGGGAGCGGCAGGGCCUGGACCCAGGCUCCGUCCCCCUCGCUCUCAGUGUGGCCUCAGGUUCCCAAGCGGCCUCCUGGGGUCUGGAGCCCUCAGGUCCCGGGCAGGAAGGAGGAGGAGCAGUGCCCCAGAGUCACCGGCUGGCCAGCUGUGUGUGGACGGUGGCCCCACCACAAGGGCACUCCCUGUGCUGGAACGCUGUUGUCCCCACGCCGUCGCUCAGCAGCGCCUGGCGGCCCUGCGCCACCUGUGCCGUGAGCAUUUCGUGGAGGGCAGCUGGUCUCGGGAGAACUGGACUGAGCAUGUGCAGGUUCCUGGACGAGGAUCCAGACACGGAGCCUCAGGGCCGCCCACCCUGCUCCGAAGCUCCGAGAGGCAGAUCCCGACGGGCCCUGGUGGGACAGGACGACCGGCUGCAGGACGAGCUGCUGCGGUGGCUGGCCUCUCCCGACAACCAGGCCGUGGCCGCCCAGUGCGUCCUGGACCUCUCGCUGCCUGAGGCGCAGCUGCCAGCCUCGGUGGCCGCUGAGCUCCGCCGGCUCAAACUCCAGGGGCGGGCUGCUGAGGUGCGUUCCGAGAGCCGAAGGGAUGAUUUCUACCAGCUGCCCAUCGCCAGCGGGGACAUCCAUUUCCUGGCCUCCUGGGAGGACCUAGCCAGGCAUGAGGAGGAGCUCCUAUAGCCCGGCCAGGUGCUCGCUGUGGACCUGGAGUGGCGACCCUCGUUUGGCAGGGGCCGGCCCCAGGCGUCCAUCCUGCAGCUGGCGGCGAAGGACCGUGUGUUCCUGGUGGACCUGCGGCCAGUGGGAGGGCAGGUGUCCCAGGCCUUCUCCAGGCUGGACACCCAGAUGCUCUCGGAUCCCUCCGUCACUAAGGUGGGUUACGGGAUGUCAGGGGAACUUCGGAGCCUGGGUGCUUCCUGCCCUGCCCUCGCGCACGCGGAGGAGCAGCUGUGGGGCGGUCUAGAUCUGCUGCAGGUGCACAGACAGAUGCGGGUGGGAGACAAGCCAGCUCUAGGCAGAGGUGAGGCCAGGGGGCUGCGGGGCCUCAGCCUCCUGGCGCAGCAGGUUCGGGGGGUUCGGGGCGGGUGCCGCAGCUCUCACUGGGACCAGCGGCCGCUGAGCGAGGGGCAGCUGGUGUACGCAGCUGCUGAUGUAUGCCUGCUGGAGGUGUACCAGGCUCUGUGCAGAGACCCUGCCCGGUUCUGCCUGUCUGAGGACCUGGCCAGGAGCCUGAGGCCAGCAAGCAGUGAGAGGUCAGAGGCCUGGGAGCCGCCCGGCCUGCAGGAGGCCUCAGCCUUGGCUUGGCCGGGUCGGCCCUCAGAGCUCUCACCCCCAUCAAGACCAGGGAGGGGGUCAGGGGCCCACGGGCUGCUGAGUCAAGCCUUGUGGCAGGAGCCUGUGGCUGAGAAGCAGGACGCCGCCCCCGAGGUCCCCGUCAGGGCCUUCUGUGCAGUGUGUGACAGCAUGCUCCAUGGGCUGGCCCGGAGCCUGCGAUGCCUGGGGGCCGACGUGCUGACACUGGGCGCCGGCGAGGACCACCGCAGGGCUGCGGAGGUUGCCAGGCAGGAGGGAAGGAUCAUCUUGAUCUCAGGGCUGCCGUACCACAAGCUCUGGGCCCAGGUCGGGGCUGGGCGCUGCAUGUCGGUAGACUGCUCUCUCAAGGCCCAGCAGCAGGCAAAGGCCGUGCUCAAGCAUUUCAACCUGUGCAUCACCCCUGCCGACCUCUUCAGCCGCUGCCAGGCCUGUAACUGCGACCAGUACCUGAAGGUCUCCAAGGAGAUGAUGAAGCAGCUGGUGUGGCUUGGCAGCCACCGGGAAGGCCCCAGCAGCACAGGUGAUGAGGCCAGCUCCAGCGCAGACUUACAGGAGGCAGGCUCAGCCCCGGAGGAGGCCCCUGGGAGCUGCACCCAUGACCUGCCCUGCCGCUGGCUGGAGUCGGCCGACCUGCAGUCCCACGCGCCCGCCGUCCUGCGCAACGGCACCCGACUGCAGCUGGCGGGGGUCCCGGAGGGCGUGCUGCAGCGGCAGGGCGCACGCCCUUUCUACUGCUGCACCGGCUGUGGCAAGGUCUUCUGGGAGGGCUCCCACCUGGGCCGCAUCACCACACAUUUCCUCGAAGUCCUGGAUGGGGCCUCCAGGCCCUGCCGCCCCCUGCCCUGUCCUGUCAGCGGCCUCCCCUGAGGACAGGGCCCCAGGCCCCGCUGGUCUGCAUCUCCCUCCCAGGCUCUCUGCACACACCCCAGUGCUCCCCACUGGCAUGCCAGCAGGGUUCCAGCCCCGCGCAGAAGCUGGAGCAAGGUGGAGGGGAUCAAGGUUUUCCACACGGGCAGGAUGCUCGGACCCUGAGCCGAGAGCCGCCUGACAUUCAGGAAUGAGGCCGGCGGAAGGUGGGAAGGACACGCCUGGCAGAGGAAAUGGCACAAAGGCCCAAGGGUGGGACCCAAGUGGCUCCCCGAGCGCCGGGCUCAGUGGGCUGGGGGGUGGGGGCACAGGUCCCCCCACCGUGCUGGUGGUCCCCUCCCUUUGCUGUAGCAGCCCCUACCCCCGCUCCUGCCACUACCCCACUCUGCUGGCAUUCUCAGGCCAAGGGCCAAGCCUCCAGGCCAAGCAGGACAGGACCUUCUCCCCUUCCCCCAAGUAGUUCCCAGCCAGGCUGGCCCUCCGGGGUCCUCUGAUUCCUGGGGAGUAAUAUGGUGGGGGGAGCUUCCCAGGCACCGGGGCCCAGUCCUGCCUGGUGCCAGGGGCAGUGCAGCCACCCUCUAGGAAGACAUCCAUUGUGUACUGGAAGGCCAUGGCCUGGAGGGGAGGUGGCCCCUCUGAGUUUGUGGCUCUGGCUCCCUUGCUGGCCUCCUGCCCUCACCCCCAUCCUCCCCCCACUCCCCGCCACAUGGAGGCUGGGCGGCCUCCUCUCAUGAAAGAGGCAGCAGCCGAAGUCAGAAGGGGGCCUGCACACAAGACCCUCUCCCACAACUGCAGGAAGCAGCUGCUUCUUCACCCACUCAGAGGGAAACUGAGGCACAGGCACUCAUGGCUGGCACCCUGAGGGCCCAUGGGCACUGGUGCCAGGUGGGCAGGGAGAGGAGCCUAGACAGCACCUUGCCCUCGCUGCCUCCUCCUGGCUCACCCUCCAGGAAUGUGCCCCCCCACACAUCCCUUUCCUGUCCUUCCUGCCUUGAACGGAAAUCAGCUCAGAUUUGGCUGAGGAGCCCGGGCGGAAGCUUCUGGGCUUCGGGGGCCUGGGAGCUGGGGCGGGGCUGCCACCUCUGCCCAGGGCAGGGAGCACCUGCGGGUCCAGGUGUGAUGGCCUCAGGUACCAGGUGGGCACUGGCCGUGCCAGGCCUGCCACCGCCCGGGCUGGGGGUCAUGCUGAAAGGCCAUACAGACGACCUGCCACAUCCCCCAACCUCUUCUUUCCCUGGAAGUGCCCCCUGUGCACCAGGCGCUCAGACCCCAGCAACUCUGGGGUCACUGCACAGACAGACGGAGAGGCUCCGAGGCCAGGGCCAGGCUGGGUGGGAUCUGUGUCAGGGCCAAGUCUGCAAACUGGCCUCCCCCACCUUUUGGUCACUGCUGAGCCUGAGGGUCAAGCUGGGCUGCCAAGGUGAGCGGGCAAGCCAGACCCCCACCAGGGGCGGGGGACCCUCUGUGGUUGGGAUGAUGCUUCUAAGAGCCAGACCACCCACCCUGUCCUAGGCGGCAGCCCUGAGCCUGCUCUCCUGCGGCAGGGUAAGGAGGAAGCCGCCAGGGUGCUGGCCCCACUGCCAGCCCCAGCUGCUUCCUGGAAGCUCUCCUCCGGCCCAGGGCCCUGGGGUGGGUUGCAGCUGGCCCUCAGCAGAAAGAGGCCAGAACAAGGGACAAGCGUGGGGAGACGGGAGACCAAGUCUCUUCGCUGUUCCUCUGGGCAGGCCCAGCCCCAGCACCCCUCUGCCCUGUGUACCUCUAGAGGGAGAAGAGGGUGGCCAAGAGGGGCCCUUUCUCAGUGUGCCCCUCACAGCGGCGCUGGUGCCACCCAGCCUGCCCUCCGCCUCCCCCCCCUCUGCUGCCCAGGCUGGCUGUCUCCCUCCGGGGACCCUCCGGGGACCCUCCGGGGCUCACGUGCUCACUGCCCUCCUAGCUUGGCUCUACAGCAAACCCUGGGUCCUGAGCCAUCAGGGGGUCCACCCAAAGAGCCUUCUGAGGCCCCAGGAUGCCUUAGGCCCCCUUCCAGGCUAGGGGGUCAGGCACCAGGCCCCCAGGGUGGGCUCCGGUCCUAGUGCCAGGCCAUGCCCUGCAGCCUGCCCGGCCAGAGCCCAGCACGGACUGUCUGCCGAAGUUCCUGCCCUGGGCGUCCUUCCUCCGCUCUGGCUCUGGCCGGGGCUGAGUGUUUGUUAUUUGAUCUCUAUCCUCUCGGCCCUUCUACCAGGUGUCUGGGCUGCUGGGAAGAAACACUCUCCUCUUUCCCACGCUCCCCGACACAUUUUAAUGAAUUAGCUGGAAGCCCCGCCCCCACUGCCCGCCCGCUUGCUGGCCCUCCCUCCCCUGCCCGGUGCCUUUAAGGUGGCCGCAGGCCUUGGCCCAGCUCUGGGCAGCCGCCUCUUCUUCGUGGUCCUCCCCAGGCUGCCCCACCCAGAUCUUCCCGGCCCAUAUCCCAGAAUGCUCCCCAGGCUGCCCCACCCCUACCCACACGGCUUCCCCACCGCCCACUGCUCUGAGUCUGGAAAGGAAGAAGGGGCCCUUUGCCACCCCAGCCUCCGCCCCUCCAUGGCCCUGUGGGCUGGCGCCCCUGGGCCAGGAUCCUCAGAGCUGAUGCAGAGAAGGAUGGGGCACAGCUACGUGGUCAGAGUUCAGUGGGUCUCCACAGAUCCCAACUCAGGGGUUUCUCCUCCCAGCCAGAACCGCCGGCCUGUUUGUGGAAGUGACACCACCAAGAGAGCCACAAACACCAGAGAGGGGUUUCUCUGAGCCCCAGGGCAGGGCCUGACUGAUGGCGGGCCUCUCCCCUUCCCUCCAAGGCAUUUGGAACAAAUGUCCUCCUUCUGGACUGCUCCUUCAGCAAAUAGGGGCGAGGGCCCUGGGACCCCUCUUCUCUCCUUUCCUCAACCCGGGCAGCUCCUAGCGUGUGGAGCAGACUGGCUCAGAAUGAACGAACCACCCCCCAGCCACGGUGGAGAAUUCCAUCUGCUCCCCAGGGACACUGUGACCGUCACCUGAACCCCACAAUGGCAGGCCUGGCUACACCUGUUCGACCCUCACACAGAACCCUGGGUGUGGCAGGAGACAACCUCUGCCUGGACUCUUACGGCCAUGCUGGUCCAGCUGGGGGGCACCCAAACCACCGAUUUCAUGCCCCGUGGUGGCGGCCGCACAUUCCCACGCGGAGCUCACAGGGCCCCUUUGUCUGCCCUCCCUGAAGCCCUCGCGGUGUCAAUGGGGCUUUUCUCCCAGGCUCUGCUCCCUGGCACAGCGGGGUCUCCAAGAUGCCCUUCUUCAGGUCCAGGGACCUGAGCCCACCUGGGCUAGGGCCUGUCUUUGAGCCCACUGCCUUCCGGGGGCGGCCCUGGGCACCGUCCAGAGCUGAGGAUGUGUUCUCAGAGGGCCCUGCCGUCCACACCCAGCCCUGUUCCCGGGAGAAGCAGGGGGCUACAUGCCUGCCUAGCAGGUCACAGCCCUGCACGGGGUCUCACGCUCGCUCACCUGGUCUGAGAGUCACCAUCCAGAGGGAGUUACAGGCCCCAAUGGACAGGUCCUAUGCCCUCUUUCCUGGUACUGGGGAGUUGCCGGGAAGGGGGUGCUGGAGGUGACCAAGGGCCCUGCCCUCCAGGUGUCCACACUCCAGCAGCAUCUGUUCCCAGGCCCCCUUACUGGGCCCAGGGACACUUGAGGGUAAGAUGAGCGGGACAAGGGAAGGGUUCCUGAUACCAGCAGCCCCCAGGUUCCAACCACAGCUGGACCUAGCACAGAGCUCCGCCAAGCCUGGGCUUACCCAACAGCACAGUGGGGAGCUCCUGGGGGGACCAAGUCUGAGCGGAACAGCUGGACUACCAGGCAGACCACCAGCCUCGGGGAGACCAAGUGAGGGACUCCGGGAGCUCCGGCGGUCAGGAGGACCCCACAACUGGCCGCUGCAGUCAAUCCUGAGGGUAGCUGACCAGAGGCAGCCAGCCCUGCGGUGGCCUUACCCAGUUUUGCCUAUGGUUUGGCUGUGACUCCCCCAGAGCACACAGCAAGAUGGGGGCACCCCACGCAUGUGUCCAGACCUGGACCACCAGGCAGACACCACGGGAGCCCAUCCUGAAACGAGGCCUAGCAGGGUGGUCUCCCCUGAUAAGGCCUGGUUGCCUGGUGGGAACUCCCAGCGGCUUCUGUUGGGAGAGCAAGCUUCCAGGGGGCUCCCCGGCUGCCCUAAGCCUGCUGCUCUGAGACCGUUCCUGCCCGAUUCCCAGCCACCGCAGCCCAGCUAUAAACUGUAAAAUCCUAAUGAGGAAAUUUGGCGGCAGUAUUAGAGCAUCAAUAAAAAAUGGGU